UAUGCAGGAGAACUAUGAGAAUGUGACCUCGCUGGGUGAUGGGAUGGUGAGUGAGAAUGAGGAGCAGAACCCUCAGCAGGAAGACGCUGAGCACGUGGAAGCAUACGGGGCAUUAUCGCAAAGAUCUGAAGGGAAUGUGUCCAUGAGUUGUAGGCAGGGAAAAGAUUGUGAGACUCAGCACAGGCCAGAAAGGGAGCAGGGAACUGAGCCAAGGGAGAAAGAGGGUAAUUGUCAGGGAAGUCACAAGGAAACCACAGCCCAGCAGAGCAUCCCCACAAGUGAGAGAGACCACACACGCCCUGAGUGGGGAGAAAACGUCUGUAGCCCUUCGGCUCUUCUUCAACACGAGAGAAUCCGCGCCGGAGAGCCACCCCACCAAUGCAGUGAGUGCGGGAAAACCUUCCAUCGGAACGCGCACCUGAUUCGCCAUCAGAGAGUGCACACGGGAAACCGACCCUUUAAAUGCUUGGAAUGUGGGAAAAGCUUCAGCGUGAGCUCCAACCUGAUCGCCCACCAGACCAUCCACACGGGCAAUCGGCCCUUUUCAUGCUCAGAAUGCGGGAAAAGCUUCAACAGACGCUCAAACCUUAUUACGCACUGGAGAAUUCACAUGGGAAAGAAGCCCUUUACCUGCUCGGAAUGUGGGAAAAGCUUCACGGACAGCUCCAACCUUAUCAGGCACCAGAGAACCCACACUGGGGAGAGACCCUAUGAAUGCUGUGAGUGCGGGAAAAGCUUCACUGACAGCUCUGAUCUUAUCAGGCACCAACGAACCCACACGGGGGAGCGACCCUAUGAAUGCUGCGAGUGCGGGAAAAGCUUCAGUCGGAGCUCCACCCUCAUUCGGCAUCAGAGGAUCCACACGGGAGAGACGCCCUAUAAGUGCUGCGAAUGCGGGAAAAGCUUCAGCGUGAGCUCAAACCUUAUUACACAUUGGCGAAUUCACACGGGGCAUCGACCCUUUACCUGUUCCGACUGUGGGAAAAGUUUCACUGACAGUUCCAACCUUACUCAGCAUCAGAGAAUACACAUGGGAGAGAACCCCUAUAGAUGCGCCGAGUGCGGGAAAAGCUUCACUCAGAGCUCGGCCCUUAUUGCGCAUCAGAGGAUCCACACGGGAGAGCGCCCCUACGAAUGCUGCGAGUGCGGGAAAACCUUCAGUGUGAGCUCAGCCCUUGUCGCGCAUCAGAGACUCCACACGGGGGAGAGACCCUAUAAAUGCUCAGAGUGCGGGAAAAGCUUCAGCGUGAGCUCAACCCUCAUCAUACAUCAGAGAAUCCACACAGGGGAAAGGCCCUAUCGAUGCUCGGAGUGUGGGAAAAGCUUUAAUCAGAGCUCACACCUGGUUAGACACCAGAGUCUCCACAGGGGAGAUAAGCACCAUAAAAACCUUGUCUAAGGCUGUCCAAAAAAAAAAGUUUUUUAAUACUUUUCUAAUUCCCACAUAGUGACCUUUAAGGCUCUUUGCAGUGUUUGCAUCACUGUGGUCCCGCAGCUCCCCCCAGAAGCACACUGUUGGAGUGAAUCCCUUGGUCCUUUCUAUCCGCUCCUUCGUCCUGAGUCAUGAGAAUGUAUUUCCCUCCUACUGGGAAUGUCCAUCAGCCCCAGGUAGGGGAGAUGGGAUGCCAUCAUCUUAUAGAAUCAUAGAAUAUUAGGAUUGGAAGAGACCUCAGGAGAAAUUGGAGAGGGUCCAGA